AUGUUUGAUCAAGCCACGAGUAUGGGCGAUGGGGUCGCCGAAGAGCGAAACCACUGCGCACCCAGCUCAGUGUGCCGGGACCGGGCCAGGGAGUGUAAGAGCCGGCCCGAGCUGGGCAGCCGGUCCCCGGCUCAGAGCUCAGCCGACACCCCGGGCACCUCCGCGUCCACCCCGACCUCCUCCAGCGAGGACGGACACGAGAAAGUUUUAGGAGUGGACCCGGACUACUGCAGGAGGAUUUUAGUCAGAGAUGCUAAGGGCACCAUCCGGGAGAUCGUGCUGCCCAAAGGGCUGGACCUGGACCGGCCCAAGCGCACGCGCACCUCCUUCACCGCGGAGCAGCUGUACCGGCUCGAGCUGGAGUUCCAGCGCUGUCAGUACGUGGUGGGGCGCGAGAGAACUGAACUGGCCAGACAGCUCAACCUGUCCGAGACUCAGGUGAAAGUGUGGUUCCAGAACCGUCGCACCAAGCAGAAGAAGGAUCAGACAAAGGACUCGGAUAAGCGCUCGUCUUCUGCCUCUGAAUCUUUGGCCACCUGUAAUAUUCUGCGGCUGCUGGAGCAGGGCCGCCUACUGUCUGUCCCGGCGCCUCCACCCAACCCCCUUCUGGCCCCCCCUCACCCCGGGAACGGUUCUCUGCUAGGCAGCCCCUCAGUGGCCUCCUCUUCGCCUGGCCUCAGCAGCGCCAGCACUCCUCCAGGAGCCGUGACGGGCGCAGGCGGGGGCGGGGCUUUUGGCCUCUCUCUAUCUUCUCUCGGGGGAACACCUCCUUCGCCCCGUCUGGGGGUCCCUCCGCCCUCUCUGUUCUCCGUGCCCCUACUGAGCGGAGCUCAUCAUGAACUGACCUCCGGCUAUGGCUGUGGCUCGUCCGCGUUUGAGCCCUACACGAGGAUAGAGAGGAAAGACGGGGACCUGGGGGGGAAAAAAACUGUUUCCUAAAGCAGGAGUUCUCAACUCCAGCACCGAGGACCCACUGCCCUGCACUGUUUUACUGUCUCCCAAAUCAUCACAC